CAUGCCUCCCUAAGAUCUACAGGGCACUUUCUUAGUUACUGACUGAUGGGGUGUGACUCAGCCCACGGUGGGUGGUGCCAUCCUGAGGCUGGUGGCCCUGGGUUCUGUAAGAAAGCAGGUUGAGCAAGCUGUGAUGAGUGGACCAGUGAGCAGCAUCCCUGCUUGGCCUCUGCCUCAGCUUCUGCCUCCAGAUUCUGCAGUGAUGGACUUUGAUGUGGACUCAUAAGCCAUGUCUGCAGCACUUUGGAACCCAGUUCCCUCUUUGCACCCAUUAUUUGAAGCUAGAGCUGUCCGUUUUCUUUGGCUGGAUGGAGUGUCCACAGCGGCACACUUCCCUGUCCAGAAAAGAUGCCUGCACCCAGACCUACCCACCUAGGAGGAGGAUCCAGCGUGCCCAGGUCCAGGGUGCAGGUCAGCUGAAGCUGUUCAUCAGUGCCCAGGACCGGGUUCUGCUGCUGCACAUUAUAGAAGGCAAAGGCCUGAUGAGCAAAGAGCCUGGCAUCUGUGAUCCCUAUGUGAAGAUUUCGUUGACCCCGGAAGACGACCAGCAGUGCUGUCGGGUGACACAGACCAUUCCAGACUGCAGAGACCCAGCUUUCCAUGAGCACUUCUUCUUUCCUGUCCCGGAGCAGGGUGAUCAGAAGCGUCUUCUGGUGGCUGUGUGGAACAAGGCCAGUGAGACCAGGCAGCGUGCACUCAUCGGCUGCAUGAGCUUCGGGGUGAGGUCCCUCUUGACUCCGGACAAGGAGAUCAGUGGCUGGUAUUAUCUGCUAGGGGAAGACCUGGGCCAGACAAAGCACCUCAAGGUGGCUAGGCGGCGGCUCCGGCCCCUGACAGAUGUGCUGUUGAGAAUGCCAGGAGACAGGGGCCCUGAGAGUGGGGAGAAACUCCAGAUCACUAUCCGGAGGGGCAAAGACGGCUUUGGUUUCACCAUCUGCUGUGACUCUCCGGUCCGAGUCCAGGCCGUGGAUUCUGGGGGCCCAGCAGAGAGGGCAGGCCUGCAGCAGCUGGACACAGUGCUACAGCUGAAUGAGAGGCCUGUGGAGCACUGGAAAUGCGUUCAGCUGGCACACGAGAUCCGGAGCUGCCCUACUGAGAUCAUCCUGCUCGUGUGGCGUGUGGUCCCCCAGAUCAAGCCAGGGCCAGAUGGUGGAGUUCUGCGACGGGCCUCCUGCAAGUCCACACAUGACCUGCUGUCACCCCCUAACAAGAGGGAGAAGAACUGUACCCAUGGGGCCCCGUCCCGUCCCGAGCAGCGCCACAGCUGCCACCUGGUGUGUGACAGCUCUGAUGGGCUGCUGCUUGGUGGCUGGGAACGCUACACGGAGGUGGGCAAGCGCAGUGGCCAGCACACCCUGCCUGCACUCUCUCGGGCCACCACCCCCACCGACCCCAACUACAUCAUCCUGGCCCCGCUGAACCCCGGAAGCCAGUUGCUGCGGCCUGUGUAUCAGGAGGAGGCCAUCCCUGAAGAACCAGGGAUUACCACUAAAGGGAAAUCGUACACCGGCCUGGGCAAGAAGUCCCGGCUGAUGAAGACAGUGCAGACCAUGAAGGGCCACAGCAACUACCAGGAUUGCUCAGCCCUGAGACCACAUGUCCCGCAUUCAAGCUACGGCACCUAUGUCACCCUGGCCCCCAAAGUCCUGGUGUUCCCUGUUUUUGUGCAGCCCCUAGAUCUCUGCAACCCUGCCCGGACACUCCUGUUGUCAGAAGAGCUGCUGCUGUAUGAGGGGAGGAACAAGGCUUCCCAGGUGACACUGUUUGCCUACUCAGAUCUGCUGCUCUUCACUAAGGAGGACGAGCCAGGCCGCUGUGAUGUCCUGAGAAAUCCCCUCUACCUCCAGAGUGUGAAGCUACAGGAGGGUUCCUCAGAAGACUUGAAAUUCUGUGUGCUGUACCUGGCAGAGAAGGCAGAGUGUUUGUUCACUUUGGAGGCUCACUCACAGGAGCAGAAGAAGAGGGUGUGCUGGUGCCUGUCGGAGAACAUCGCCAAGCAGCAACAGCUGUCCUCGUCGCCCCCAGAGAGGAAGAAACUUCACCCUUACGGCUCUCUCCAGCAGGAGAUGGGGCCAGUCACCUCCAUCAAUGCCACCCAGGAUAGAAGCUUUGCCUCAUCAGGACAGACUCUGAUUGGCUGAGCAAGCCCAAGGGCGGGACUAUGCUUCUGGCAACUUAACCCUUUUGGGGCUUCCCCUACCACACAGUAACCUCAUCUCAACUGGACCCAAACCGGAAGACCAAGAUGGUGGGCCUAGGGGCGUCUGGAGGGAGUGGUCCCAAGGGUAUGUGUGGACUGGCAGCAGGAGGAGCAGUGGUGUGAGAGACCCUGUGGGCUUGUGCAGAGUGGUACCCAGAAAUCCUGGAUGGAGAAGAUUCUGAAGCAAGCUCCCUUCAAGCAGAAGGAAGCUGAAUGUCACCUGGGCACAGCAGGAAAGAGGGAGAGGUCACUCUAAUGGAGGACAAUGCCUGUGACCCAUUCCUGUCAGAAGAUGUCUCACGUUCCCAUUCCUGUUUUAUCUGGACACAUUUACUUCUUCAGUGGAUACUGGGGGCAUCUCCUUUGUGCAUGUCUCUGCUAAGGGAGUCUGUGCUCCCAUCAAGAUUACAGUCUUCCCAGUCCUGAUAGGGAGAGAACAUUAAAUAAAUUGACACCAGUCGGUGAUCAUACACUGGCAGAGUCUGUAUAGAACCAUCACAGAUGUGUUCAGAGAGCGCAUCGUGUCUAGUUGUUAUGUGUGAGGGUGAUGCGCAAGGGUGUAGCUUAUAAGCCGUGUGCGCCGAGGCCUAUGGGAUGGGAAGGAGCCAGCCAGCCCAAGACCUUAGAGAGAGCAUUCCAGGCAGUGGACACAGCCCGGGAAGGGAUGAGAAGGAGGGACCAUGAUGUGCUGAGGACUAGAGGGGGUUAGUAUGGCUGCAGCUUUGUGAGGAGGAAGAUGGAGCCAGGCCAGGCCACACUACUUGGGACAUAAAUGGUGAUUGUUUGUUGAUUCCUACAUGCAGUAGGGAGCCAUGGAAGGCUUUUGGGGAAGGUUGUCAUAGACCCCUCAAGUGUGUGUCUACAAGAUAAGAUUGCAGCUAAGAAGGGCCCAGUGGGUGUGAGGCUGGUUAGGGCUCCCCUUCAGGCCUCCAGGUCAGGGAUGAUGGUGACUUGUUCUAGAGGGUGCUGGGAUAGUGGUAUCGGAAUGUGGGGUAAGGAGGGGUGACUUGCUUAACCCCACCUGCCCUCACACUCCACUGAGUCUUGCUGUCUCAGUGAUGUGUUGUUUAAGGCCUCCCUCAUAAAAAAUACCCUUCUGGUCAGUCCAGAGCUAGGGCUAGUGCUGAGCUUUUGGGAAUGUCCAUGCCAGUGUAACAAUGAAGCUUCGUUUUUUUCCCAAGGUGGGAAAGUUCAUACUUGCCCUGCCCUGAGGCUCCAUAGAGAUCAUCUGUGUUAGUACUAACUCUCAUGCAGAGGGGUAUAGAAGAAAGCCUGGGCUUACACUCAGAGAACUGCCCCUUCCUCCCUCUCUCCCUCCCUCCCUCCCUCCCUCUCCUCCUCCUCCUUCCUCCCCACUCUUUCCUCUUCCUCCUUCCUCCCUCUCCCUCCUCCUCCUCCUCCUUUGCUUUCUAUGGGACUUCUAAGGGCCAGGGUCCAGGGACCAGGGCUAGAUGUUGCUCAGCAACCUUCACAGAGACAGAGCAAAAGGUAGCCUGUCCAGGGCCAGUGAUGGGAGCUAGGCCUACUCCCUGUCCACCUACCUGGGGCUCUGGGCUGGACAGCUCGCACAGCCAUCCCUAACUGCAAAGAUCUAGCAGGACAGAAUCCUAAGCUGUAGAUUAGAGAGGCAUAGGCUACAUGCUAGGGGGUAUUUGCAUGUCUAGGUACUGGGGCUCAGAGACAGAAAACUGCAGUGAUGGCCAGGGCCAGAGAUGCCUCCGACCUUAGUCAUUUAGCUUCUUAAGGAAGAUCCUUGUGCUCUUAUGAGUUUGCUAAACUGCCAGGGUCACCUGAACCCCUAGACGGUGACCCCUUAUUUUCUCUUCCUUCUAACAUAGGAAGAAUGGGACCCUGUUGAAUUAUCAGUCUAAUGGGAAAUGGGGUGAAUCUGCAGUGUGGAAAGAUGCUGCUUGGCCUGGUACAGGGAUAUGUAGCACCAUGCUGCCAGCAAUGAUGGGCCUGCAGGUCUGUGCAGACAGCAAAUGACACUCUCUUCAUUUGAUUCUCUUACCUAAUGACCUUAAGGGGACCAUGAGGCACAGGAGAAUCGCCAGUCUGGGAAAUCAACAAUCUUGUCUCUCCUGGGUCUGAGGACCUCCCUCCAUCCAUCAGCUAGGUACAGAAGACAAGAUCUCUUGGCUGAAAAACGGAGAAUCUGAACGUAACACCCAUCCCCAGGGAAGGGCUGUUCUCCCUGAUAAGCCCCUGAGUAGGGCAGAUUCUCUCAUCCAGUUCCCAGGCCUGCUGGCUGAUGAAGAAGAGAGCAGGCACUCCUUGCAGGUUCUGGGCGAGCGUGCUCAGUGGCAAGCUCACCAUAGUCCUGAGCCACAGUGCCAUGACUAUCUUGCCUCAUGAAUCAAUGCGACAGUUAAUUUGGUGUCACUGGCCCUGAGAAGAUGAAAUAUGACCUGAUGGCCACUACUCUUCAGUCCAUCCCAGCUGUUCAAGAGAAUGAACAAGCUCUCGACACUGCCGACACUGCCUCGGAGAGUCCUAAUCACGGGAAACAUGGCUGGGCUCCUCCCUGCCACAUAAAUCACACUAAGAAGCACACAAUGACCUCUUUCCUGAUGGGCCAAUUGUCUUGGGUGGUGUCUUUGGUCCCAGAGCUGGGAGGAUGGGAGCACAACUGCUUUAUUGUAGUAAGGCCAUCUGUGAGAUUUGAAUACAAAGCGCCCCUUUCA